AAUGCCCCUUCCGUGCCGGGCACCGUCCGGUCCGCCCCGACUGCGGCAGCGCAGUUGGAGAGCGGGUUCAGUGGGGAGUGUCUGCGCUCUCCGCGCGGUGGAUAACCCAACAUCGGGACCUCAGACACAUACGAUAGCAAGUUCAGCCAGAUAACGCGACAGAUAGCGGGAGACCUUCCAAGUUCUAACACCAUUCGGCCGACCAGCCGCGAUGGGGUGCUGCUGCGUGUUUUUGUUGUCCGUGUCGCUACUGGCGAUGUCCGGCACCCUGCUGGGGGUCGGGGUCAGCCGGCUCGCCGACACCGAGGCGCUGGCCGUGGCGCGGCUGGACGGCGGGCAGUGUAUCUGGGCAGACUUCUGUGUGUCGAGCGACGUCUGGACGACCGUGUUUGGCGGCGCCGGCUUGCUGCUGCUGCUGCUCAGCCUCCUGUCGUGCCAGUCUAAGCUACUGCUCGCCGGCAUGCUACUGCUGCUGGCGUUCUUUUUCGUGGCUGCUCGUCUGGAUGACAUCACUGGUGAACCUGCCGGCGGGACGCUGGACCACGUCACCGCUACCAUGAACGCCUCGCUGGAGCAGUACCGGAACAACUCGUCCACGGCGCGCGACUGGGACCACGUGCAGCGAGCGCUGCGCUGCUGCGGACCCACCGGCGCCGCCGACUGGGCGCCAGUGCUCGGCAACGGCACGGUGCCCGACUCGUGCUGCGAGCGGGCCGCGGCGGCCAACUGCAGCGGCGCAGAGGGCUCGUUCAGCGCCGGCUGUGCGCCGGCCGUGCAGGCGCUGGUGGCUGGCCAGAGGCGCUGGUCCGUGGCGCUGGCCACGGCUACCGCCAGCCUGCUACUGCUGCUUAUCAUCGUGAUGCUGAGCGGCGCAGUGUGUGACGGUGACGUAGAGUCACAGGCACCACUGAUCGUCAGGCGCACGCAGGCGGAUCUCGACAACCACGCCAACCAGUUGAAUCCCAACAACUGGCGCUUCAAGCCCAAGCUUCGCGGCCGGUGAACGCCACCUUUGAGAUCGUUCGUCAGCAGGUUACGACUAAUGACUGGCUUGCUUUGUCAGUAGCGGCCCUAUAUACGGCCUUGGUAGCGGCGGAACACCUUCAAUUAAGGGGGGGGGAGGGGCACUGCCGACUUGUGGUCCCAUUCUUUCCACGCAACGCCCAUAGGGCUAAUGUUGGGCUAAUGUUAAAAUGCCAAAAUCAAAGGGGGGCACGGUGCCCCGGUGCCCUCCCCGUUCCGCCGCCUGUGUCCUUUGUAUUGCAGCCACAUCAUGCUUGCUUACCAGGCACCGUAUCGGUACAGGCUAUAACGGGAUAUUUAUUAUUUGACUUCGAGAAGAUGUCAGAUAUUUGUUUUGCGAUGCGCAGUGCGAUGUUGGUCACCGUCAUAUGAUGCCCAGAUUUGGUGUUUUGGAUAGUUAAUAAAUACCCUAGCUGA